UCCUCUCUAAGCAAUUUACAGCUGUGCAUUCUCGUUAGUGUUUGUUGCGUUUUGUUAAUUGUUUAAUUGAAAGCUUUUUAAAUUGCACACAAUGUCCUACGGCUACAAUCCUUAUGCCCAGCCUGGCGGAGCCCCACCACCUGGUGCUUUUCCCCCGCAGCAGCAGCAGCAACAGAGUCCUGCUUACCAAUGGUUUGCUAUGGUGGACAGGGACCGUUCGGGCAAGAUUAAUGCCGAAGAACUUCAAGCGGCGCUGAUCAACGGGCGUGGAGAAAAGUUUUCGAGUCAUGCAUGCAAACUUAUGAUAAGUAUGUUCGACAACGACGCUAGCGGCUCUAUCGAUGUGUACGAGUUCGAAAAACUAUAUAACUAUAUCAAUCAAUGGCUGCAGGUCUUUAAGACCUACGAUCAAGAUAGCUCAGGUCAUAUCGAGGAGGGCGAACUCACUCAGGCAUUUACUCAAAUGGGCUUCCGCUUUACGCCCGAGUUUAUCAACUUUCUGGUGAAGAAGAGCGAUCCGAAUACACACAAGGAGGUGUCUGUGGACCAAUUUAUUGUACUGUGUGUGCAAAUUCAACGCUUUACCGAGGCAUUCAGACAGCGUGAUACGCAACAGAAUGGCACCAUCACCAUAGGCUUUGAGGACUUCCUAAGCGUUGCCAUUGGAUGCUCCUACUAAGGCAGAUAACAACUCAGAUCCUCGCUUUUUACACACGUAGCCUUUACAAAUGCAAUUUGUUAUUCCUUUCACAGUGCAUUUUGUUCAAUUUAAUAUGGUCCAUGUUACAUUUUAUAUUAUUGCCUACACAUACAUUUAUCGUAAUCUCCGCCUUAACAGAUUGCAAUUUGUUUAUUCCAAUCAUUUAUUGUAAUCUCCCCCGCAACACACAUUGAGUAUUGUUAUCACAGUUUUGACUCACUUUAAGUACAAAAUCGCAAUAAAUAAAAAAUAUA